AUGUCACUGAUCACAGCCACUUUCAUGGCCCUUGCCUUGUGCUUCGCCCCUGGAGUGGGUGCAGCGGCGACGGUCUCGGCGCGGCGUCCGCUGCGGGGCUAUGACACGCUGGUCUCCGCACAGGGCAAGUUCGAGCUCGGCCUCUUCAGCCCUGCUGGCAGCUCCGGCGACAGGUUCUACCUCGGGAUCUGGUACAAGAACAUCCCCGUUCAGACCGUCGCCUGGGUCGGCAACCGCGUGUCUCCCCUGUCCAGCGUCGCCACCUCCGAGCUCCGGGUGUCCGCUGACGACGGCAACCUCGAGCUGGUUGGUCUCACCGCCGCCUCGUCCUCGCCCGUCGUCGUGUGGUCUUCAAACCUGUCGUCUUCGUCUCUGUCAUCGUCGCCGGGCUCGAACACCGCGGAGAUCCGCGACGACGGCAACCUUGUCCUUGUCGACGGCGGCAAUUCCUCCAACGUGCUGUGGCAGAGCUUCGACCACCCGACGGACACGCACAUGUCGGGAGCGUGGCUGGGCGAGAACAAGCUCACCGGCGAGUACCAAGCGUUGACGUCGUGGCGGAACGCCCAGGACCCUGCGCCGGGGAUGUUCACCGACACGGUGAACUCCAAUGGCACCAGCGAGUUCGUCUUCAUGUGGAACCGGUCCAGUACGUAUUAUCGGACCGGCGUUUGGACGGGGAGCUUCUUCAAGAACAUACCGGAGACGGCUAGGGGGAACGUCCUGUUCAACCAGACGUACAUGGAGACGCCGGCGUACCGGCGCCUCACCAAUAUCCUCUAUAACAACGAGACCAUCACGCGCUUGGUGCUUGAUCUCACCGGACAGGCGAGGCAGUACGUCUGGGUCGAGAGCUGGCAACUGUUCUGGACAGCGCCCAUCGUGCAGUGCGAUGUGUACGCGCUCUGUGGUGCAUUCGGCGUUUGCGACCAGAGGAGCGAGCUGCCUUGCCGGUGCCCGCCCGGGUUUGCUCCGGCGUCGGAGGCGGACUGGAAGCUCAGCGACUGGAGCGAUGGCUGCCGUCGGAGCUCGCCGCUCACGUGCUCACGCAACGGGUCGACCACCGACGGGUUCCUAGAGCUGCCGGACGUGAAGCUCCCCGAUGACUCGCUCGCCGUGGGCGCGGCCCAGAGCAAAGCAGAGUGUGAGUCUGCUUGUCAGAAGAGCUGCUCUUGCCAGGCCUACGCUUUCUCCAACGGGGGUUGCGCUGUAUGGCACGGAGACCUCCGCAACGUUCAGCAGCUCUACGCGGACUCCGGCGUCUCCGGGUCAGACCUGUAUCUCCGGCUCUCGGCAACAGGAUUGCGAGACCUCCACAGCGUAGACCGGAAGAAAGGGGAGAAUCAUUGGCUUGUUCUUGGCAUGACAAUGGUCGGUGUUCUGGCAUUGGGAGCAUCGUUAAUACUGGCCUGGAGGAUUCUUGGUGCCCGGAGGAGGCGACUGGCCAGCAUGGCCAACGAGAACUCUUUGACGGUGUACAGCUACGGCGACCUCCGUGCCGCCACCAAGAACUUUUCGGAGCGACUCGGCGGCGGCGGCUUCGGCUCGGUGUACCGCGGUGUCCUCAAGCAGCAAGUCCAAGUUGCAGUGAAGAAGCUGGAAACUCUUGGGCGGCAGGGCGACAAGCAAUUCCGGACUGAGGUGAGCACGCUGGGGCUCAUCCAGCACGUGAAUCUCGUCCGGCUCCUCGGCUUCUGCUCGUUGGGCGACGAGAAAAUGCUCGUGUACGAAUACAUGCCCCGGGGCUCCCUCGACCGCUACCUCUUCGGCGGUGGCGCGAGCCUGAGCUGGCGGGAACGGUACAGCAUCAUGAUCGGCGUGGCGAGAGGGCUAGCCUACCUGCACCAUGGCUGUCGCGAGUGCAUCGUACACUGCGACAUCAAGCCGGAGAACAUCCUGCUGGACGAGGACAUGUCGCCGAGGAUCGCCGACUUCGGGAUGGCGAAGCUGGUAGGGAGGGACUUCAGCCGCGCGCUGACGACGAUGCGGGGCACCAUCGGGUACCUCGCGCCGGAGUGGAUCUCCGGGCAGCCCAUCAGCGCCAUGGUGGACGUGUAUAGCUUUGGGAUGGUGCUCUUCGAGCUCAUCUCUGGACGGCGCAACUCCGAGGGAUACAGCGAGGUGGAGGCGACAGGGACCAUGGAGCGUGGGUCGUCGACCUUCUUCCCAGUGUGGGCCGCGGGGAAGGUCGUGGAAGGGGAAGUGAGCGUCGUGGCUGACCGGCGGCUGUACGGCGACGUGAGGCUGGAGGAGUUGGAGCGGGCGUGCAGGGUGGCGUGUUGGUGCAUCCAGGGCGAGGAGGUGCAGCGCCCGACCAUGGCGCAGGUCGUGCGGGUGCUGGAGGGCGCCGUCCAGGUGCACGCGUCGCCGGUGCCGCGGGCGCUGCAGCACCUCGUCACGCUCACGUAA